AUGAUGGCAAUGAAGAGGCCAUCGAUAGUGAUAUUGUUAGCGCUGUUUAUAUCAACACUGGAUGUGGUGUUGAGUGACAGCAAAGUGGACGCGAGAGUGGAGUCCUUCCUGAGCACCGGAUAUGAAGUGACGGUCCAGAACCUGAUCCGUCUGUUGACGGGUCGCGUACGCGAUGGUACCCCGAAGUCGAAGCAACUGCUGACUGAUUCCGGGUCUAAUGUGUUGAUAUACAUGACCGGACACGGAGGCGACGGUUUCCUCAAGUUUCAGGACUCGGAAGAGAUCACAUCCGUCGAGUUGGGCGACGCCUUCGAGCAGAUGUGGCAAAAGAGACGAUACAACGAAGUGCUGCUAAUUGUGGAC